CUUAACUAAGUUAUAAGGAAACUGGUAGCAAGUUUACAGGAACAAUAAGAAACAGUUGUUGGCCCAGAUUAUAUUAUAGGCUAGCAAAUGGUUAAGUGACCUCUAUUGUUGCUAUCUUGCAUGACUUUAUACAGUGAGGGAAAAAAGUAUUUGAUCCCCUGCUCAUUAAAAUGCAAAUCAAUUUAUAACAUUUUUGACAUGCGUUUUUCUGGAUAUUUUUGUUGUUAUUCUGUCUCUCACUGUUCAAAUAAACCCACCAUUAAAAUUAUAGACUGAUCAUUUCUUUGUCCGUGGGCAAACGUACAAAAUCAGCAGAGGAUCAAAUACUUUUUUUCCCCUCACUGUAGAACAAUUAUCUUAUGCGUCCAAUUUCCUGGUAUGGGUUUUCAGCUCUACAUUUAUGCAGCACCUGUCUGAAAAAUCUGUGCAGUUGACUCACAGAACUUCUGUCAAGAGAUAUAGCACCAGAACAACUGCAGAACUUGAUGUUGUGUCCUACACAGACCAGAGGAACAGGGACGAGGCCAUGGCAGAGCAGGGGGAAGCCCAGGGGACAGGAGAGGAACCACGACCACCCAACACGCCAUCCCUGGACCACCGGGGGACAGGGGGGACGUUCCGGGAGGGUCAAGAUGUGGAGAAGGGAGAAGUCAUAACCAGAUCCACGAGGGAGAAGAACGGUCGCUUCACCAACCCCUGGCCCACAUGGCACUACCCCUCCUCUGCCUCCCUGCUCCGGUUCUACCUACUAGAUAAGGACCACAGUAACGUACCCCGCUCCAAAGAGUUGGACUGUGAACUUCCCCUGUUGGAUCCUUACUUCAUCCAGAGCCCCGAGGUGUCAGGAGCCGUGGGGUCUGGUCUCAGGGUGACCUGGCUGGGCCACGCUUCAGUCCUGGUAGAGAUGGACGGCCUGGUCAUCCUCACUGACCCCAUCUUCAGCCAGAGGGCAUCUCCCUUCCAGUUCAUGGGGCCCAAGAGGUUCAGGGGCCCGCCGUGUACAGUAGAUCAACUACCCAAGGUGGAUGCUGUGCUCAUCAGCCACACACACUACGACCACCUGGACGUAGGUUCAGUUAGCAGCCUCAAUAAGCGCUUCGGCGCCGAGCUGCGUUGGUUUGUCCCUCUGGGACUCCAGGGCUGGAUGCAGAGCUGUGGCUGUAAGAACGUGAUAGAGUUGGACUGGUGGGAGGAGAGCUGUGUCCCUGUCCCCAGCCCUGUCGCUGUCCCCAGCCCUGUCGCUGUCCCCAGCCCUGUCCCCAGCCCUGUCGCUGUCCCCAGCCCUGUCGCUGUCCCCAGUGGUGUCAGCCAGGAUACAGUGAUGUUCGUAUUCACCCCAGCCCAGCACUGGUGCAAGCGCACCCCAACAGACGAUAACAGGGUGCUGUGGGGUAGCUGGUCUGUCCUGGGGCCCUGCAACCGCUUCUUCUUUGCUGGAGACACCGGCUACUGCUCGUCCUUCCAGGAGAUAGGGAGGAGAUUUGGUCCAUUCGACCUGGCUGCCAUACCCAUCGGUGCAUACCUGCCCAGAGAUGUAAUGAAGUCACUGCAUGUGGACCCAGAGGAGGCUGUGGAGAUUCAUAAGGACGUUAAGGCCAAACACUCCCUGGCUAUUCAUUGGGGGACCUUCGCAUUAGCUCAUGAGUAUUACUUAGAGCCUCCAGUGAGACUCAGGGAGACCAUGGAGAAGAAUGGAUUGAAUGUGGAGCACUUCUUUGUCCUGAACCAUGGAGAAUCCAGAGUGUUGGGGGGAGAAAGAGAAGGAGGGGCAUUUGAAUGACCAGUGUGGGCUACAUUGCCAGAAGCUGCAAUAUGAAAGAGUUUGGAUUUCUGACAAAGAAAUCUAAGCUUUGCAUUAUAGCAUUUGCCUGGUAAAAGGGCACUGAUGUACAUAUUUGCAACUUAAAAAAAUAAAUCUAUGUUUUUAAUGCCAAGUGAUAUUGAUUGCACUAUUAAAUUCAUUUUACCAA